UUGAACCAAUUCGCAGAUUUAGAAGUUAGCGAGUUCAUUGAACGAUUUCUUGGCACAAAAGUGGGGAGAAGAGCAACUACAAAUCGUGGGAGGAUUUGGAAAGCACCAGCCUCUUCUGCCGAUCUUCCAGACACAAUCGAUUGGAGGGACAAGAAUAUUGUUACAGAAGUUAAAAACCAAGGCAAUUGUGGUUCUUGUUGGGCUUUCUCGUCAACAGGGGCGUUGGAGGGUGCGUUGGCCAAGAAAACUGGCAAGUUAAUCAGUCUGUCCGAGCAGCAGCUGGUGGAUUGCAGCUUGAAAAAUGGUAACGAUGGCUGCAACGGCGGCUACAUGUCCUACGCUUUCGAAUACCUUGAGGGCCACGCCAUCGAACCCGAGAGUGCCUAUCCCUAUCGAGCCACUGACGGUCCCUGCCGCUAUAACGAAAGUCUUGGCAUUGCGACCGUCAAGGAUAUCGGCGAGAUUCCAGAGGGAAACGAAACGGCUCUAAUGGAGGCGGUAGCCAAAGUUGGUCCAAUUUCGAUCGCAAUCGAUGCAAUCGUUCUACCCAUUUGUUGUCUACAAAAGUUGAUUGCCCUUGGUCAUUUUAGCCACGGAAUCUACAAAAGUCACUGGUGCUCAAGCAAAUUUCUCAAUCACGGCGUUCUUGCGAUUGGCUAUGGAAAAUUGGACGGGAAACCCUAUUGGCUGGUGAAGAACAGUUGGGGCGCCAGGUGGGGAAUGAAGGGCUACAUAAUGAUGGCAAAGGAUUAUCACAAUAUGUGUGGUAUUGCAUCGCUGGCUGAUUUUCCAUACCUUUAA